AUGUAGCAGUUAGCUUCACUGUUCUCCUCCGGUGCAUCCCUGAAUUUCUCCAAUGUGCCACUUCCACCAGCCGCAGAAACAGAGGAUGCGGAGGCAUGAUUCACGUUAACGGCACUCGUUGAUAUGAGGAGGAAGAGAUAAAAUAACGAGCUGUUAAAGUCGCAGAUAAGAAACAUGAAAGUAGAGUGAGGAUGUUUGCUGUUGACUGAAGUCCACUCCAAGAAACAAAAUGAAGAGGAGGUUGCUUCGUGGUUUCCUGUCGGAAGUCUCCGUCCGGAUUGUGCUGCUUCUCGUGUUCCUUGUGACGGAGCAGCUUCCUCCUUUUUACCGUGAGAUCCAGCCAGAGGAGAUGUGGCUGUAUAAAUUCCAUCGUGUGGAGAGAGACCACGUACCCACCUCUCUUAUGUUUAGUGUGGCAGUUUUCACCCCACUGAUUGUAAUCCUGGUUUUCACCUUCCUGAAUAAGUCAGAGCGAGGAGAUCUGAAGGAGGCCUCGCUGGCUGUGACUUUGACUCUGGUGCUCAACGGAGUUUUCACCAACGUCAUCAAACUUGUAGUUGGCAGGCCUCGGCCAGACUUCUUCUAUCGCUGUUUCCCAGACGGUCAGAUGAACCUGGAGUGGCGCUGCAGCGGUGACCCAGAUGUGGUCACGGAGGGCAGGAAGAGCUUUCCCAGCGGCCAUUCUUCCUUUGCCUUUGCAGGUCUGGGUUUCACCGCGCUGUACGUGGCAGGAAAGCUGCGCUGCUUCACUGCGGCGGGCCAAGGCAGAGCGUGGCGGCUGUGUGCCUUCCUCACACCUCUACUCUUCGCCACGGUGAUCGCCCUCUCCAGAACCUGCGACUACAAACACCACUGGCAAGACGUGUUGGUGGGCUCCCUGCUGGGCCUCUCCUUCUCCUGGCUGUGCUACAGACAGCACUACCCCCCCCUCCAGGACGCUGACUGCCACAGACCCCUGCGCCACAGAGAGACUGUUCCCGCCGCACAGGAGCGCAAGCUGGCCAACUCCACCUACAUCCUGCCCCUGUAAACAGCUGUAACUGUUUCUGGUGUCAUUCAUUACGGGUUACAUGGUAAUCUUUCUAACUCUGGUUUCCACACCUUGAGGGCUGGGCAGUUUAUUUAUCUUUUGGCAUUGAUCAUUGUAACUGUAUUGUGGGAUUUGUUUUGAAUGUUGGGACUUGGUUAUUUUUCUAAACUAAAAUGACUAAUGACACAUUUCUUCUGAAUGAUUUCUGAAACACUGAAUGAUUUCUGAACACUUGCUGCACAUAACGACUCCAGUUUAGCAACUACAAUAACAACUUAAGGCUAUCCCAAACAUAAAUCAACAUCAUUAAAGUUAUCACGAAGGAGGGCUUGGUGGACAUCAUGAUAUUGAUUGUUUCCCAUCAGGCCUAGCCCGACACACCCUAUGCAUUGUGCCUCUAGAAGACUUAACUUUAAAAACUCACAAUAGCUGAGCAGGUCCAGGACACAAGCACUACACGGAUCGUUCACUGCCCGUUAACCUCCGAGCCGCUGCGAGGCACUUUCUCCUGAUGUAGGGACAGUAUUUGGUAAUUGUUUUUGUAAACUUGAAACUUUUUCAACAAGCAAGAUUUAAAAGUCGUAUUUUAUUUUUUGUUUGUGCAGGGAUAUUCAUUCCUGGCUUUUAGGAAUCAAUAUAUAGUGAAGAGAGUUGGCGCUCAACCGAAUUAUUUUUUUAGUAUUUAUCAACUAAUGAUGCCAAACACUUGGUGGCUGAAUCUCCUUAGCUGUGAGGAUUAGCAGCUUUUGUAUUAUUGCCAAUUUAAUUCAAUACUGUAUGACUGUUGGAAAAAACAAGCAUUUGAAGCUCUGAAAGAUUGUGGUAUUUCCUAAUUUUGCUCACAUUUACCAGACUAAAUCAUUAAAUAACCAAUGAAUGUACAAAAAAAGUAUAGGUAACAUCAAAUGAUAAGCUUUAGCUCAACAUAAUCCGCUUGAUUAUUAUAAGGGUCUUCGAAUUCUUCUCUGGCAGAUGGAGCUGUCUCCCGACCAGAAGCACACUGUUUGCUAAGUCAGUGAAGGGGUGAUGAAUAGAGAAAGAAAGACAUCCUCUGAAACAACACACAGGUUACAGUCUUGCCGAAGUUCACAAACACUUGGGCUCAUGUGCCUGAAUGAUUACAUUGUUGGUUAUUUAAUGCCACUUGAGUCAGUUCCACUCACAAAUGAAGGCUGAGCUAAUGUUGACAGUUGCAAAUAAUUGAGAAGUGGACCUUGGAAUUUAGAUUCUGCACAAUAUAGUCAUUUAUUUGACCAAUAACAUCGAUCUAUCUAUAAGUAGAGAAAGCUAAUCCGAACUAAAUCGUUUUAUCAUAGCAUAUGUAAUUGCGAUUUGUAAUUUAAUAUCUGUAAAAGGCUGAGUAAUUUGCCAAAACAGCUGGACACAAGUUCUUAACGUUACUCAAGCAGGACUAAAUAGUGCAUUUGUUGGGAACUAUUUUCAGCUGAGGAUUGAUACAGAUUUAGUCCAAGUUGGAAUACAGUAGAGGUCUAUGGCGCGAUAAGUACAAGAACAUUUGAUGUUGUUGUUUUUUUGCUUUGUUGACAACUAGAAGGAAAGCAAAACUAAAGUACACCUUCAUAUUAAACCAGGUUAAUCAAAACCCCUCAGUCAGCUUUAUAUCUUAAUAUCAACAUUGCUUUACUGUUUGUCUUGACUGCUUUAAAUCUCUCUGUCUUCCUGCAUUAUAUCGUGAUUGUUUAAAUUCACAGAUUGUUAGAUUAUUACAUGCAAAGGGUUCAUAUGCCCAAUGUUUGCUCUAACUGGACAGCACAACUGCUCAUACGGUUAAAGGGAUAUUUUGGAUUGUUUAAAGUGUGGUUCUUUUUACAGUCAAUAUAAUACAGUAGAGGGCAGCACGCGCCCAGAAAUAGACAGGAGUACUGGCUUUGGAGCACGGCAAUGUACUGCUGUGGACGGGUCAAUACGUAUGAGUAUGUAUUUUAGACACUUAAAAGAGAGGCCCACCUAAAAAAUAUUAAUAUCAUUUUCAGAUUGUUUCCUGAUUGGGAACUGAAGACGCUAAUGCUACCUCGAUUGGUUAGUUUGUUUGUGCUGUUAUGUUACUUUGGUAUAUGGGAAACAAUGCUUUAAUUCUUAAGUUACACUAUAAAAAACAAACAAGCUGAUUUAAACAGAUGUAGACAAGAAACUCCUGUGUUCUGCAGAAGUAAAAGUCCUGUUUUUGUAAAUAGAGUCUGAUGGCGUUGGCAAGAACUCGAUACCAGUUUCAGUUUGUCUGUCAAAAAGCAAAGGCAAAGCAGUAAGAUUAUCCCCCGAAGAAAUCACCUAAACUGAUUCUGAUAUUAGGUUUUAAGUGGCUAAAAUAUAUGUUGGGGAGUCCACUUUUGUUCAUUGCUCUGCUCUCAUGCCUUUACUCUUUUUAUCCAAAUUGCGUGCUGAUCACCAACUACUGUAGGUAAUACACUGACUAUGGAUAAGUCAACCCCACUUGAAAAAGUCUAGUCCCUCCCUGGCUUUCAUCCCUCUCCUCUGCCAGUCUGAAGUGUGAGUGUUCACCAGAGGUGGAGAGAAGUGGUGAUGUGGGGUCUGUUGUUGGAGUGGCGGUGAAAGCAGACAUUUCUGAUGAACCUAAAUGAGGUCAGACUGUAACCUAUCCAGGUGAUGGUGCUAUAGCCUCCAGUGCUCCUGCUGGUCAGGCUUUCUAUCCUGUUUUUAUUGGCACCUAAAGUUUUCUGCUAGUUUUCUUCAACCAUGUAUGUUAUUAAUUUAUGAUGUUAUGCUUACUUUGAUGUGGUCUUUCUGUUGUAUCUAUCAAUGUAUUUGUAAGGUUGGUUUUCAAUUGGAAAUUCAUCAAAAUGUUAUGUAGAUUAUGACUGUUUUUGCAGGUUGAAACAUGAGAAACAACCAAACCUCUUUAUGUUUCUGUUUUAGUGUGAAAACCAGCCAAAGGUUUUGCAGGGUCAAAGCCCUUCGUCGCUGUAAAUCCAGAUUGAAGCAUCGGGAUCACAGUGGUCUCAGACCAGACUUGGCAGAAAAAAACUGAUGAAUUUGUGCCUUUGUUUACUAAAUUACUUUGCUACGGGGAAUGAAGUAUAUACUGCAUGUAUCAGUGUAUGCUCUCUGUCAUGUUGGGGACACAACUUUGUUUGAAAUAUUUGUUUGUUAUUGUUUAACAGCGUACAGGAGCCAGUUGGGAAGACACUUUAUGAUGUUUAAAUGUGGCAUGCUGCCUUUCUUUACCUCAGAAAACCCUUUUAAGUUAUUUCCACAAAGUGUUGAUGGAAUGAAAUGUGAAGAAUUCUGGUUGGAAAAUGUCAAAAAUACAAGAGAGUAGCCAAGAGAAAGAAAAACCUCACUUUUUGCAAACAUUUUAGACGAUAAUAUCUUGAAUUACUUGGUCAAUCUAGCAGGUGGUUAUGAGAUGAUGUACAGGACUAAGUCUAUUUAAUUGUUGGGCAUGCAGGAGUUUACUUGAAUUUUCAAUCUGCAUUUGUUUAUCCUUAAUGUUUUAAUGUUAUUUCAUGAGAGUAUGAAUCAUAUCUGUGGGCAUAUUGCUCUAAGGGAUAUUUCAGACAAAAUAGAUGUUCAUUUAACUUUGUUGCAUUUUGAUAAAUUCCUGCAUGUUUUACAGCUAAGGAGCAACAUUUUCCUUCAUUACUUACUUCCAGAUCGCCACAUUUCCAUCUGUUUCUACAAAUGUACUUACUUUUUGGUUUUUGUUUACUUUAUCAGGUUGUUGACUAUGUCCUUUAGAUCUUCUGUCAUGAUAAGGGAUGAUGCUAAAACUUGCUCAUCAUAAUCUGCCUUGGCUUUCAACUCGUAAGGCUCGUGCUCAUGCUGAUACAGUAUCCUGAUUGUACAUGUUGUGAUGCUUUUAAUGACUCUUUUGGUGACACAAAAUAAUGUUUUAAAUACACUUGCAACACACCUUGUA